GGCGGCGUGGGGUGCAUCAUCCCGCCCCGAGGUGCCGCCGCGGGGCGCCCGGGAGAAGUUUGCGGCCGCGCGUGGGGAGGAGCCGGCGUCCCCCGCCCGCACUUUCUGCAGAGACGCGUCUGGGUUGCGGGGGAGCCGCCGCGGGCACCCUGCGAAGUGCUUUGCGGGCGAUUCCUGCCCCCUCCGGAGCUCCCCAUCCCUCCCGGACGCACUCGGCUGCCGCGGGUCUUGCGGGUCGCUGCUCCGCGCCCUCACGAAGCCCAGAGCAUCUCUCCCGCCCGGGGAAGGCGGCGGCGGCGGCGCGGGUGGCUGUGCCGCGCGGCCCCCGGAGAAGCCCCCGUAGUGGUGUUAGCAGAAUGAUACAGGACUAGAGAAGAGAAGACACUGAAUUAGCUGAAGUAUGUUUCUAAGAGAAAACUGGGUUUCUGCUCGUUGGGCAUGGCAGAGCAUGAGGAAGUUUUUGCUUUUAUUUGCUCUCUUAAUAUUACAAACAGCUGUUUUGGAAGCCAGGAAAGAUCAUCAAUUUGUUUGGAAAACAGGUCACUGGGGACGAUGCGUAGGUGACUGUGGGUCUGGUGGUAUUCGGAGUCGUGCAGUGUGGUGUGUCCAUGUAGAAGGUUGGACAACCCAUCAUUCAAACUGCGAACAAAGGGACAAACCUGAAAACCAGAGAAGUUGCUUUAAAGUCUGUGAAUGGCACCUUGAGCUCUUUGAGUGGGAAGUUUCAGAAUGGAAUAUUUGUGUGCUUGUUCCUUUCGCUCAUGGCGAAGUCAAACCAAGGACUUCAGAUUGUGUGACUGCACAGCAUGGGCUGCAGCACAGAAGUGUACAUUGUAUUCAGAAACUGAACAGAACUAUAGUUGUCAACGAAAUAUGUGAAUAUUUUACACCACAACCACCUAUAGAACAAGCCUGUCUAAUACCCUGUCCCCGGGACUGUGUUGUAUCAGAGUUCUCAGAAUGGUCUGGGUGCAACAAGGAUUGCGUAAAGAGUUUACAACACAGAACUCGUUCUGUUCUCUCCCCACCUCUCUAUGGUGGUUCCCAAUGUCCAAAUCUUACGGAAUCAAGAAUGUGCAACGUUUCUGUCUCUUGCUCUCUUGGGGAAGAAGAAUAUACCUAUAGUCUUAUGGUUGGACCUUGGAGUAAGUGUAGACUGCCUCACCCUAAAGAAGUUAGUUUGAUUGGAAGAACCAUGCUGGACUUCAGUUCGGAUUCUACAGAGCGAAGCACGUUCAGACUGCAAGUUUACAAACCCCACCAUCAUUCCAAGCCAUGGGAUGUAGAGCUAGGUUAUCAGACUAGGCAGGUUAGGUGUAUAAGGAGUGAUGGGAAAAAUGCAAUGUUGAGCCUUUGUAUGCAAGAAGCCAUCCCCUUGACCUUUCAGUCCUGUGUCAUCCCUAAAGACUGUGAAAUGUCUGAUUGGUCUGCAUGGAGCACCUGCUCGAAGACUUGUCACUCAGGGGAUCUCUCACCCGGAUUCCGAAGCAGACGCAGGAGCAUAAAGCACGUUGCAGUGGGCGCGGGGAAGGAGUGUCCUGAGCUAGAAGAGAAGGAGGCCUGCAACAUACAAGGAAAAAAGUUUCUGCAGCCUUGUCCCAGGUUUUCAUGGAGGACUUCUGAAUGGAAAACAUGCCAAGUGACAUUUCUCCUUGACCAGCAGGACCCUCGACGACAUAAAUACACAGUGCUUUGUGGAGGUGGCAUACAAAUCCGGGAAGUAUUUUGUGCUCAAAUCAGGAUAGAAUCAGGGAUACACAAGUUAAAGGAAGUCACCAGACCUGAUGACAAGAAGUUGUGCCCUGGCCUUGCUCCCUCUGCCUCCCAGCUGUGCACUGUCCCAUGUCCUUCUGAGUGCCUGGUUUCUGCUUGGUCCGUGUGGGGACCUUGUGUUCAUGAAAACUGCCAGGAUCACCUAGGAAAAAAAGGCUUUAGAAUGAGAAAAAGGCAUGUUGUUGCAGAGCCCGUUGGUACUUCUGGGGGCUGUCCACAUUUAAUAGAAUCUAUUCCUUGUGAAGACCCAAUGUGUUAUCAGUGGGCCAUUUCAGAGGGCAUGUGUGUACCUGAUCAUGGAAGAUGUGGGCAUGGGAAUCGCAUAGUGAAGGCUGUAUGUAAGAACAGCGAAGGUCAAGAGGUAUCACAUAACCUUUGCUCAGAGCUUCCCCGUCCUGAAACAAUGGCGUGUGAGGUCCCGUGUGCACUGGAUUGUGUUGUUAGUGAGUGGUCAGAAUGGUCACCUUGUUCCCACACAUGUUCCAGUAAAAAUUCUGAAGGCAAACAAAGCAGGACUAGAUCUAUCCUGGCACUCCCAGGGGAGGGUGGAAAACUGUGUCCUCCUAGUCGAGCCCUGCAGGAAUAUCGCUUCUGUAAUGAUCACCCUUGCACACAAUUCUAUUGGGAAGCUUCUCCGUGGGGUCCUUGUUCUGAAGACACUUUGGUAACUGCCCUCAAUGCCACCAUUAGCUGGAAUGGAGAAGCUACUUGUGGAGUGGGUAUACAGACAAGGAAGGUCCUUUGCAUGAAGAAUAGUUCUGGCCAGGUUAUGAAUAAAAGGUGUCCAGAGUCCAUCAGACCUGAAACAGUGCGUCCAUGUUUGCUCCCAUGCAAGAAAGAUUGUGUUGUUACUCCUUUCAGUGAGUGGACACAGUGCCCUACAACAUGUCAACAUGGCAAUGCUACAGGAAUUAAACAGUCCCGCUAUAGGAUUAUCAUUCAGAAUGCUGUCAAUGCGGGACAGGAGUGUCCAGACACCUUGUAUGAAGAAAGAGAAUGUGAAGAUAUUCCUGUCUGCCCAGUAUACAGGUGGAAGGCCCAUAAAUGGAGCCAUUGUGUACUAGUGCCAGACUCUGUGAGACAGGGCAUACUGGGACAUAAUGAAGCAUGUGGCCAUGGCCUGCAAUCAAGGGCUGUUACAUGCCUCUCGGAGAAUAACCAUUCUGCAGAUGUCACUGAGUGCCUGCAGUGGAUAGGACCUAUGCCUCCCCUUGUACAGGAGUGUUUAGUUCCCUGCAAAGAUGACUGCACAUUUACACCUUGGUCUAAAUUUACAGCAUGCACCGUAGACUGUGAAUCAACAAAAAGUAGAAGGAGAUCACUGACAGGGAGAAGCAGAAAGCGAGACAAAUGCCAGAAUACAGAAGUUUAUCCUCAAGUUGAAAUGGAAGCAUGCCCUUGUGAAACGUUUUCUUCCCAGCCCUAUGGAAAUUGGUCAGAUUGCAUUAUUGCAGGGGAUAAAACAGAGCCUCAAUUAGGAAUAAGAUUCUAUGGAGACCCCAAAGAAUGUGGAGAAGGUAUACGUCUCCGUGCAAUUGCCUGUUAUGAUAAGACCGGCAGACUUGUGGAGCCAUCUUACUGCAGCAGUUCUGGUUACAUUGAAGAAGCUUGUAUAGUGCCUUGUCCGUUUGAUUGCAAGCUAAGUGACUGGUCUAGCUGGGCCCCCUGCAGUUCAUCUUGUGGAACUGGGAUGAAAAUAAGGUCAAAGUGGCUGAAAGAAAAGCCUUAUAAUGGAGGUCGUCCAUGUCCGAAAUUGGAUCUCAAGAAUCAGGUGUAUGAGGCAGUCCCAUGCUACACUGAAUGCAAUCAGUAUUCCUGGAUAGUAGAGCCAUGGUCUCCAUGCAAAAUCAACACUGAGCAAAAUUCCCUACAUUGUGGGGAAGGAAUACAAACAAGAAAAAUCAGAUGUGUAAAUACUUCGGAGGAUGGUGAAGGAGAGGCUGUGCCCAACAUGCUAUGUAAUCAGUCUGAAACCCCUAAUGAAGUUCAAAAGUGUAGCCUGUACUGCCCCUAUGAGUGUGUGAUGUCUAACUGGGGACAAUGGAGCAAAUGCCCACAGGUAUGUGACCCCAAUAUUAUGCAAACACGUGUUCGCCAUGUGUUAAGGUCUCCUUCAGAUGCCAAGACUUGCCCAGAAGAUUCACAAAUGCAACCUUGUGUUCUCAAUAAAAAUUGCUUCCAGUAUCAGUACAAUCUGACAGACUGGAGUACAUGUCAACUAAGUGAAAAUGCAACCUGUGGACAAGGGAUUAGGAGCCGCCUUUUGAGCUGUGUGCGCAGUGAUGGAAAAACAGUAAAUAUAAACUACUGCGACCAGCUGCAUUUGGAAAAACCUAUACAAAUGACCAUUCAGUGCCUCGUGGAUUGCAUUGUGAAUUGUCAGCUUUCCAAGUGGUCAGCCUGGUCACAGUGUUCACACACUUGUGGUGUUGGAGGCCAAAUGACACGCACUCGAUCCAUAAUUAUGCAGGCAGAAGGAGAAGGAAGGCCAUGUCCUACACAGCUUACCCAGUACAGAAAUUGCCCUGUAAAACCAUGCUACAGUUGGAUUCUUGGGGAGUGGUCUCCAUGCAAAGUAGAGAGUGGAAAAUGUGGUGAUGGGUUCCAAGUUCGCAAUCUCACAUGUGUCGUACAUGAUGCUUCUCCCUCUGGUACAUCCAAACAAGUAGAAGGUGCAUUAUGUGGAGAGUUGCCUUCUAAAGACAAUGCGCUACAACUAUCAUGUUCAGUGCCUUGCCCAGGCGAUUGCCAUUUGACAGAAUGGUCAGAGUGGAGCUCAUGUGAACUAACAUGCAUUGAUGGCAGGAGCUUUGAGACUACUGGUCGCCAGUCUCGAUCAAGAGCAUUUAUCAUACAGUCUUUACAAAACCAAGAGAGCUGUCCUGAACAAGUGAUAGAGACACGGCCUUGUUCAGGAGGGAAAUGUUAUAACUAUUCAUGGAAAACCAGUCUUUGGAGAGAUAAUGAACGCACUGUGUGGUGUCAGCGUUCAGAUGGGAUGAAUGUGACAGGAGGUUGUUCAGUUCAGACCAAACCUGCUGAAACCUGGCACUGCAGUCCGGCAUGCAGAAAACCGUUCUCCUAUUGCACUCAGAGUGGAGUCUGUGGUUGUGAGAGAGGAUAUACAGAAAUAAUGAGAUCAAAUGGUUUCCUGGACUACUGCAUGAAGGUACCAGGUUUAGAAGAUAAGAAAGCAGAUGUCAAAACCAUAGCUGGAAAGAAUAAACCUGUCAAUUCAAAAAUGCAUGACAUUUUCAAAGGAUGGUCUAUUCAGCUUUUUAAUACAGAUGGCAGACUUAAAAUAUGGGUGUAUGGAGUAUCAGCUGGUGGUUUUCUCAUCUUGAUUUUGGGGAUUUUUACAUCCUAUCUUGUUUGCAAGAAACCAAAACAGCAUCACAGUCCUCCUCAACAACAGAAACCCCUGACUUUAGCAUAUGAUGGAGACAUAGACAUGUAACAAAAAAAUCCAAAUUUAGACAUCAGCUGCCUUAACUGCUUUCUCUUUUGUAACUUUCAGACUUCUCAGUUUUUUUGAGGAAUCUCUUGAUGUGUAAUAUAUUGGGCAGAAUAUAAAUAUUGCAAAUUUAGCAUUUUGCCUUUGAUUUAUUUUAAAAAAUGGAGUCAACGACUUUCAGAUUUGUGAAAUCUCUCCCAAGGAACUGGAAAAUUCAUUUCUUCCUGUUUUGACAAUGGGAAUAAUAAUAAAAAAAGAAAUUCUACAGACUUCAGUAAGCGUUAAUUAAGGAAAGCAUGACAAUCCUGCAGAAAAUGUGACAUUCACUGUAAAUGACAAGUUUGACACUGCAUCAGUAUGCACUAUAUUAGUGCAGGAUUCUUUACUCUUCACGUAUUUCAACAAUGAGUUUUCUAGUGUUUACAUUUGGUUCAAAAGACUUUAAAGCUGGAUCAUGUAUUUUGAGAACUGCAAAGAUGAAUGUGUUGAAAUAUCUGGAAUUCUCUGGGUUUUUAAAAGUUAAUGCCUUCUUGUCCUGUUUUCUAUCCUGGAAUAUGAUUUUGCUUCAUUUCCAUCAAUGGGACAGAAUAAGGAUUGUUUAAAUUUUCGAGCACAUGAAGUGGCAUAGAUGGUUUAUAACUAAAUAUGUUUUUUAAAGAAAUGAGUAGAUAGAUGUUUUGAUGAAUGGCUAGAAGACUUGAUUAUUUUAAAAUAAAGUAUUUUAAAUUAACUUAAACCAUGUAGAUACAUUUUGGCCAUUUUAAAUUGUUAUUCAGUUUAAUUAAUACAAACUCUCCUUUUGUAUUUAAAUUUUCUUAUCUGAAAUAUUUAUAUAUUCUUUUUUUGAAUUUAAUUAUCUGACCUCAUUUAAUAUACAUCUAACACAAAUGCUGUUUGUAGAAGGUCUUGUUUUUUUAAUGUUUAAAAACACUGGAAAGUGACAUAUUCUAAACAUCUGGGAACAUUUGAAGAAGAUAAGUGUUUGUAAUAGUAUGUGUAGCAAGUAAGAAAGUGCCAUCUUGUGGUAUUGACAUGUACUCAUAAGCAAAUAAAAUACUAAACAGAGCAAGAA